AUGCGCAAUUGCGCCUUGAAUUUGUGCCGCCAGCCCAUGCGUGCACCAUCACCAGUUUUCCUCGACUUCCUCGCUCCAUCAACGGUCAAAUACAGCCAAUGUCGGCACGCCUCAACCACCGCCGGCACCGCCGGUGAGCCCAAGCCUCGCUACGUCCUCAGCAAGGAGCAACGCGAGUUUAUGGACAGCGCUCUACGAGUCAAUCAAGCCGGGGAGCUCGCCGCGACCCUGAUUUACACAGCCCAGACGCCCCAGAUCGUUCGUUCAUACCCACACCUCCGGCCUUUGAUGAAACACAUGUACGACCAAGAAGCCGGGCAUCUCAAAACGUUCAAUGGGCUCGUUGCGAAGCACCAGGUCCGACCAACCGCUAUGUAUCCCGCGUGGGAGGUAGCAGCCACAUUCCUGGGGUGGUCCACGGCGGCACUGGGUCGCGAAGCCGCGAUGGCGUGCACCGAGGCCGUUGAGACGGAGAUUGGGUCUCACUACAAUGACCAAGUGAGGGAGAUUCUGUCCUGGGAGGCGGAUGCUGAGAGGCGGGGAGAGGAGCUUGAUGAAGAGCUUAAGGAUAUGCUGGCCACAUUCCGGAGGAUUCGGGACGAGGAACUAGAACAUCUCGACCAUGCUGUUGCCAAUGACUCCAAGGAAGCGAAGCCUUAUGAUCCCCUUGUGGACGUCAUUCGCUUUGGCUGCAGGACCGCUAUUAAGAUCAGCGAGAAGAUUUGA